UCUCUCUCUAGUGCUACAUGGACAAGACUCUAGAGACUCCAGUGUAUAGAGUCUGCUUCUAAACAUAGACCCUAGAGAGAGAAAACUAGAUAGAGUAAGCAAAUACCAAAGAGAUUAUCAUCAUCUAUUAUAUGCACUGUAGCACCACCGUAUAUAACAUAGCCAAAUUUCCUAGAAAAAAAAACCCAAUCUCAAUCUCAUAGAUUCAAAGAACUAAACCCAUCUGUACUGAUAAAUUUAUUUGUUUCUCCGGUAGAAAAAAUGGAGGACGAUGGUUUGGUUCAUGGGAAUCUUGAUCCUAGAGCCCAAGAAUUCAUACCAAGAUAUCCUUUUCACCAACCCCAUAUCAAUUCUCUACCUUUGCUCCCUAAUCAAUUUUACUAUCCUACUUAUCCAUGUCCACCACAGUUGCCAUACGGUGAUGGUGUAGGAUACCAUCAAGUUACACACACGGCGUACGUUAGCUCAAACCCACCUAUGCCUACGCCCUUUUUGCCACCUCCAAGUUCAAUGGCUACAAGAACUUUGUUGUUAAGUAUGGUUCCAGUUGAAGUGAGUGAGUCAAUUGUGAGAAGGGAUUUGGAAGUUUUUGGAGAUGUUCGAGCAGUGCAAAUGGGAAGAUUAAGAGAAGGGAUUGUAACGGUUCAUUUUUAUGAUUUGAGGCACGCGCGGGCAGCGUUGAUGGAGAUUCAAGAACAGAACAUGCAACAGCAGUGUCGUUUAAGGAGGCAUUAUGAGGAGUCUAUUUAUUCUAUGGGUGGUUUAGUUCUUCCACUUCCACUCCCACUCCCUCCCCCGGCGCGUGGGCUCAUUGCUGGAAGAGCUAUUUGGGCUCAGUUUACUUUCCCAUUGACUUCUGGUCUUCCUGAUGGGAAUAACCAAGGGACACUUGUGAUUUUCAAUUUGGACUCUCGUACUUGUUCUAAUUAUCUAAAAGAUAUUUUUCAAGCUUUUGGGCAUGUGAAGGAAUUGAGAGAGACACCAAUGAAGAGGCAUCAAAGGUUUGUGGAGUUUUAUGAUGUAAGAGAUGCAGCAAGGGCUUUAAUGGAGAUGAAUGGAAAGGAGAUAGAUGGGAAGCAAUUGUUGAUUGAAUUCAGUAGGCCAGGUGGAAAUAGCAGAAGAUUUUCAAGAGCUAAUUAUUCAUCACCUAGCAGCAGCAAAUUCAGUCAUAGUUCAAUCAACUACAAUUAUUCUCCAACAUAUAAUAAUUCUUCUCCUCCAAGUACUCCACUAAAACCUCAGAGGAAAUCAAAUUAUUUUAAAGGAGGAAACCCUAGUGGAAGUGAGACUUCAGGUACUGGGUCAAUUCAAGAUUCAUUGGCAUCUUUGUGUAUAUCAAAUAAUGUUAGGCCUGGCAAAAUCAAGAAUGCCAAAAGAUGUACUAAAAGUAUUAUUAGUCCAAGCAGUAGCAGUACUGUUACAGCUUCUUCUUCGAAGCAACAAAUUUUGCUACAAGUUAAGAGCAACAAACCAUGGAAACAGGCAAAAGAUUAUGAUCCUCGCUUUUUAAUUAACGAAGAUGCGAUUAUGGAAUCAAAUUGCAGUGAUACCAGAACUACUGUCAUGAUUAAAAACAUACCCAACAAGUACAGUCAGAAGCUGCUGCUGAACAUGCUGGACAACCACUGCAUUCACUGUAACGAGCAGAUUGCCGACGGCGAGCAGCCAAAAUCCUCCUACGAUUUCGUUUAUCUUCCCAUUGAUUUCAUUAACAAGUGCAACGUGGGAUAUGGAUUCGUGAACAUGACUUCACCACAGGCAACUUUGAGACUCUACAAAGCUUUUCACCAUCAAAGUUGGGAGGUGUUCAACUCCAGAAAAAUCUGUCAAGUUACUUAUGCUAGAUUACAAGGAAUAGAAGCACUAAAAGAACAUUUCAAGAACUCAAAGUUCCCAUGUGAAGCAGAGGAAUACAUGCCAGUGAUAUUCUCACCACCUCGAGAUGGGAAGUUAUUAACAGAAGCUGUUCCUAUAGUGGGUGGAGGAAUGAAGCCUCCUCCAUUACUCUUUUGUGCCGUCACUUCCGAUUCUGAUUCGAUGGAACAACAGCUAGUGGAAGAAGUCGGUAGACUAGUAGUCGUAGAUGAUAAUGAAAAUGGCUAUAUGAUAGACACAAGUAAUGAUGAUGAAGAAGCAAGAAACGUCGGCGUUGGCGUUGGCGUUGGCGUUGGUGAAGGUGAAGAUUACGAUGACGACAACAACAAUGAUUCACGAUCAUUUGCUUCCAUCUGCAUGUAAAGAUUUUCUACUUCUCUUCUUGACAUUUACGAAAAAGAAAAGAUUUCAUUUCAUGUGGAAGUGGAAAAGAAAUCGACCAUUCCCCAUUGCUGAAAACUACUGGCACAAAAGAGACAAUCAGUAAGUGCAAACAAACAGCUUGCUACCACCCAAUGGGUUUGCGUGUAAAUCUCUCUCCUUUUCAACUCAAAAAAGCACUCUUCUCUCUACCUCGAUCGGGGGAAAAGAACCCACUCCCAAUACCCAUCUAAUACUCCUCACAUACUUGUGUAGUGUAGUGUAGUUGUAGUUUUAGCUUUUUUACUAUUAUCUCUCUUUGCAACAUCGGUCUGUUAUCGUUGUAAAACUAGUAAAAAUCUUUUUCAUUCAAAGCAAGAAUUCCAUCUUUUUC